AUGGCAGAUUUCCCUAAAACAAUGUCGAAAACGGCUUUGAUCAUUGCUUCUGAUGGAAGCGAGGACAUCGAACUAACUGUGGUCAGCGAUGUGCUGCGGCGGGCGAAUGUUGAAGUAAGUUUUUUCAUAGUUUUUGUUUUGGUUUUAGGUUGCCAUGGAGCAGAUAAUGUUUCGAAGAAUUUGGUCGAAAUAUAGAAGCUGACCUUCUUAAAACCAGUUUGAGUACCAAGAGCCGCUUUUUUUGAUCCUUUUGAUAUGUAGUUUGCUUAGUUUUGACCCCAAAAUUCUAUCAUUAUUCUAGAUUUUUCAUCACCUUACGAUUUUGUGACGGAUAAUGUAGAAAAAUGCUCCAAAACUGCAAUUUUUACCAAAAUAUACCCUAGAAAAAUGUAAUAGGAGAUACACAGGGAUAAAUCAAUUAUUUUUAGGUGACAAUCGCCUCUCUCCAAAACAAACCAACGAUUGAAUUGGCCAGAAAGCUCAAGAUCAAUGUGGAUAAAUUGCUAAAUGAGGUAAAAGACACCGAAUUCGAUGCGGUGAUUCUUCCAGGAGGUCAGCCGGGAAGUGAUAAUCUUGCUGCGGUGAGUUUUUCGAUAUCUUUUUGACUUUUGUGUUUAGGAUGCGACCGUCGGAGAGGUCUUGCGUCGCCAUGAAGCUGCUGGCAAGAUUGUGGCCGCUAUUUGUGCUGCUCCAAUUGCAUUCAAGGCCCAUGGUAUUGCCAAAGGAGGCGUUCUCACUUCGUAUCCAAGUUUUGGAGAUCGAUUGAAGGAGGGUGGUAAGUUGAUAUUCUAGUGGUUAUCAAGUUAACAUAAGAUUGACAGAAUUCGAAAUGGUGGAUUUUUUCAGGUUACCAGUAUUCAGAGGAUCGUGUAGUGGUCUACAAGUCGGUUGUGACCAGUCGUGGACCUGGUACCGCGUUUGACUUCGCGCUUAAAAUCGUUCAGCUGUUGGCUGGAGACGAGGUGGCCCAAAAAGUUAGAUCAGCCAUGUUGCUGUAAAAACUGGUCGAAAAUAUUUAUCAGAUUUCAAUAUUUUUAUAGUUAGAUUGUAUAAAAACUUAUUUUACUUUAUAUUUCACAGAUUUUCAAAAUAUAUUCGGGCGCAGGCUGCGGGAAUAAAACCUUGGUAAAGAUCCGCAUAAUCUACCCCAAUUGCCGUGGAAUACAAUACAGGGUGGUCCAGCUAAGUUCGCGGAUGUAAAAUGCUUAUAACUUUUUAUAAGAUUGUUCAAUUUUUAUGAGCAAUAGCUCGUUUUAUUCCUUAGUAGUUGCCAUUUUGUUUAAAAAAAAGAUCAUUAAAAAUGAUCACUCCUACGUCGAGUUAUGACCCUUCAAAGUCAAACAUGCUUUUUCACGUAAAUUUUUAAAAAAAUUUAAUUUUCAAAAAUUUUUGAAUUGCGGUGUCACCGCUCGCUGUUACCGGGAAAUGAUGGUGAACAGAGCGAUCCCAGCUAUGCAAAAUUGGCCCAAUUUUGCCAGUCUUCGGUAUUCUUCCAUAAUUUGGCGCCUCAUUUGUUCAUCCUGGCGAACUCGUUUCACCUCUUCUUCGAUUACGCGCUUCAAUUCCACGUCUUUGGGCGCCAAUCCUUGAUGAAAAUCCGCUGUUUUAAGAACCCCCAAUUGGAGAAAUCUAGCGGAGUUAGAUCAGGUGAACGCGGGGGCCAAGCAAUUGGAGCUGGUUGCCGCGCAGAUCCCCGGCCCAUCCAACGACCUGGAAAAACCUGGUCAAGGAGUUGACGGACCGCUAUAG